AUGUGCAUUCUCGCUGUAUAUCAAAACCCCAGGGACUCAGCUUAUAGCCUAUUUAUUAUGCUAAUCGGGAUUCCCAUCUACCUCUUUGGCGUUGUCUGGCAAAAUAAGCCAGCCUUCCUAAGGUUAAGCAUCAUCCGUUUCACUUCGUUCUGCCAGCGCCUUCUAAAUGUUGUUCCUCCUGAAACCACACUUUCUCGGACUGUCGAUCAAGCAUUCAGCAAAGACCCAAAUGGCAAGCCGGCAACUGAAAACUUGGCCUCAGGAGAUUUCUGCUCAGACUUGGAAUUGGUAGCUUGCAAGCGAUCGGCUGUUUAA